AGCUCAUUUGAUAAGAGACAGUUAGACACCAGCGUAGUGAAAACAAGAGUAGUCGACAUAAACGUUGGAGAUGUAGUAGGAAAAAAACGGAGGGUUGAUUUGUCCAAAGUUUACGAAUAAUUUAUUGGCGAUACCGAAUCAUUCCUUAUCUGGGGAGAACAAUAUUUUUAUUUAAUAUUCUCAAUAUUUUUUUAAAUUCUAUCCAUAAUCUUAAUAUGGAAAAAAAUCCUCUUGUAUUUCCUAAUGGAGCUGAUAUCGAGUACGCUGGCCAGCCUCAUCCAUACCCUUACGGAUUCCCUAACUCCGAAACAAGCGUGAAAAUGUUUGAAGGCUCUUAUCGAACCUUCCAGUCAAGCCCCGUUUCCAACAACAUAAUGAAUGAAUUUAUUGAUGGGAUAAGAAGAAAUGAAUACUGUAUGUGGAUGGACGACAAUGUCUCAAGAUAUACAUCUUCUUCCAACCCUAUUCCAAACCAGGUUUCAAAUUUGUAUAAGAGCGAUGAUAAUCGAUAUGAGGAGUGGCAGUACAUAACUCUAUAUAGGAAAUUUAAGAGGAUUUUGACGGAAAGGGGGAGGUGUUCCAACGAGAUGAUUUCAUAUUUGAUUUGUAACCUGAUUAGCAUCAUCAAGAGUGACACAGCCCUGAGGAACCUUUUAAUUUUAAGUUCAGAGGAAUUUUUAGAGUCGAUGCUCACAAAGUUUGUGGAGCUAAUUUUAAACGACAAGGCCUACGACUAUGAGUUCAGUAAGCCCAACGAGGAGGAGAAUAAGAUUAAUGCUAUGAGGAAGCAUUUGCAGAGAGCCACGAAGGACGCAUCAAUGUCACAUUCGACAUCUAGGCUUUGGGGGUGGAAUUUUCAGGACCAAGGGUUUCCAUUUCCAAACCCAAUGCCCCCAUCUAAGCUAAGCCCUGAAAGCCUAUUCUAUGUUAGACAAUUAAGACCAAAUCCGCUAUUAGAGGGUGACGGUUAUGUUCCUAUCCCGAGGUUAAUGUACCCACAGCACGACUUCCACUUUAACCCGCCUCCGCCUAUUCGGGAUCUUGGCCCAACACCAGAACCGGGCCCUGUAAAAAAGAAGGAGCCGUCGAAGAGGUACGGCCCCCGAGGACCUUACAAACGCACUCUCGUGAGAAUGAGAAUGAGGGAAAUUAGUAAGAAGAGAGCAGUGAUUAGACGCCUAAAGAGCCAGGCAGCAAGCACCGAGCCUGAAAACUCGAAAGAUGAUUUGAAGGAAAAGGCUGAAGAUGAAAAGAAGAAUGAUAUUGAACUUUGCACCACUACUCCUGAAUCAGAGUUGUCAGAUUACAACAAGGAUAAUGAUUAUAGGGAGGUGAACCUCAAUGAGAAUGAGCACUUUGUAACUGGGACUCCUGCCAGCCCACCAGACCCUGCUAAUACGUCUAACCUUGUUAAUACAUAUGACUACGUGAAUAAUGACAAGAACAUUAAUGCACCUGAGAAUGCAAAUUUAGAAAAGAAACCUGAUAUUAAAAAUUUUAAAGAUCUGACCUUCGAUAAUUUUAAAGAUCUGGCAGUUGUUGGUAAAGAUCUACCUAACAAAGUUGAUGAUAAUGCUGGCUACAGGAGUAAUUUGGAAACUUAUAAUGAAUGCAAUGUUAGAAAUCUGACUUCUUUUGGUGAUAAUUACAACAAUUCAUACCCUAACCCAGGCUAUCUGUAUCAAGAUCAAAUGAAUGCUGGAUCAGACAAACAGUUCGUUAAUGCCUUUUAUCGAUCAUUGAACACUCAGUUCAACCAACCAACACAAUUUAGUCAACCAAAUAGGUAUCGUGAAUCAACUCAGUUUAGUGAUCCUAGUGGCUAUUUUGAUGGUUAUUUACAGAAUCAAUUUCCGCAACUAGAUUCUGAAGUAAAUGAGAUUUCAGCCCGGAACAAUCCAAUGAUUUCAUCUGGAAACUAUCAAUACAUAAGACCAAACCAAUUUAACCAGUAUUCAAUAGGAUACAACUACCCUCUCAAUCAACCCAAAUCUAUCCCUAACCCUUCUAACCCAAUUCCUAACACUGUUCCUAAUACUGUUGCAAAUAGUGUUUCAAGUAGUAUUCCUAAUCAACCGCCAAAUACCAUUUCUAACACUAUUCCGACCACAGUUCCCAAUACUCUUCCAAAUCAAAUUUCUAACACUGUUCCCGGAAAUAUUCGUAGCCAAAUCAACAACCCUGUUAAUAAUAUGAGUAAUGUGAACAAUGGGGUUCAUUUUUCAAGCCCGAAUAUUUUGGGAAUGAAUAGUGGAAUUGGAAUGUGUAGGGACCAGGCAGGGUAUGGAACAUACCCGAGUGAUGACCUUUUAACCCCCGAGCUGAACACACUGGAAACGGAGGCACCGGUACUUAAAACUAACAGAGUUACGAGCCCAAAACACUCUAAACCGCUUCCAGAUGGCCUUAAUGACCCUAGAAGACGCUCCACGAGGCUUAACCCCCAGAUUAACAUGAAUAACGUGAAUAAUAUUAAUAAAAAUGCAAACAUGAGAAAUAUUAAUAAUUUAAAUAGAAACAUGGAAAAUAUCAAGAAUAUUAAUAAUAAUAUUGAGGACAAUUUGAACGGUUUGAACGAUGAUUCGAAUGUUAAGAACAAUUCUUUGAACGAUUCUUUGAAUAAAAUCGAUGGAAUUAAUAAUUCGAAUUCUACCGAAAAUUUGAAUAAAAUCGAUGGAAUUAAUAAUUUGAACGGAAUUAAUAAAAAUAUUGAUGGAAAUAAUAACAAUUUGAAUGGAACUAAUAAAAAUAAUUUGAAUGGAAUGAGAAACAACUGUUUGAAUAAUAAUUUGAAUGAGAAAAAUGAUUUGAAUGUGAACGAUGAUACAAUAUGGGAUAUGGUUCAGAAGCAUCAGAAAUCAGGUUCAAACGUUAAUGUAAAUCAGACGAAGACAGUAAAUGUCGCUCCAAAGGAGAUUGAAUUUGAAGACGAGGACAUGAAUUUGUUAAUCAGAGAACCUGUAAGAAUUACAGAGGAUAUGCCUCAAAACCAUACUCAACCCUUUAUAAACGCUUACAAGAACCCCAAGACUGUCAAAUGGUCAUACGCAGAUACAAAGAGAUUUUACAACGCCAUUGAGACAUUUGGAACAGACCUAAUGCUUGUCAGAGCCUUUCUUCCCGAGUACACAGACCGACAAAUCUACGACAAGUUCAAGUUAGAGGAACGCAAGAACCCGCAGCUCAUGCAGAACGCCCUUCAGACCCACAAGAGCAUCUCCCUCAAGCAGUAUGAGCAGAAGUAUGGUAAAAUCGAUACUGAAACGCACUAUAAUCCGAACAAGGACCCCUUCAUUUUAGAACAGCCCACGGAUAAUAAGAAAUCACUCCAGCUCAACCUCAACGUUUCCGUCAUGAACCAAAUUCAACAAGCUCCCAACGAUAAAAUUAUUAAUCUAUUCAUGUAAUUU